AUGGCAGGAGGAGCUAUUUCUUGGAAGAGUGUUAAACAGACUCUUACAGCUACUUCUACCAUGGAAGCAGAGUAUGUCGCUUGUUAUGAGGCUACUUGUCAAGCUGUGUGGCUUAAAAAUUUGAUUUCUGGCUUUCAUGUUGUUGAAAGUAUUUCUAGGCCACUUGUGAUAUAUUGCGACAAUACUGCUGCUGUGCAUUUCUCUCAAAACAAUAGAAGUUCUACUCGCUCAAAGCAUUUUGAUAUAAAAUUUCUAUUUGUUAGAGAGAAAGUUUUGGAUUCUCAGACUCGAAUUGAGUAUAUUGCUACAGAAAAUAUGUUAGCAGAUCCAAUGACUAAAGGCUUAGCUAUUGGAAUUUUUCAAAAUCAUAGCUCUGAGGGGAAGUGCAACGACAAAGUUGUGAAAGAAGUGGUGAGCCAAAUAAGAGAUGUGGCCCACAACGCUGAGGAUGUGGUUGACACCUACAUCACCAAUGUCACCAAACACAGAACCAGAAACAUGCUGAGCAAGUUAUUCCACUUCAAAGAACGAUUCAUGGUACUUCACAAAGUCAAUGCUGAGAUAGAGAGGAUCAGGAGUCACAUUGAUGAGAUUUACAAGAACAAAGAGAGAUAUGGCAUUGGAGAAGGCGAGUUCCCAAGCGAAGAAGCUGAGUCACUCCGCAAAAGGAGGAGGGAUGUGGAGGAAGAAGAUGUGGUGGGCUUAGUGCAUGACUCCAGCGUUGUGAUCAAACAACUCACGGUGAGUGAUUCAUGUAGUGAAGUUGUUUCCAUAAUUGGGAUGGGUGGGUUGGGGAAAACCACUCUUGCUCGAAAGAUCUAUAACAAGAGUGAAGUGAAGGAGUUGUUUACUUGUCGUGCAUGGGGUUAUGUGUCCAAUGAUUAUAGAGCGAGGGAGCUUCUGUUAAGCCUUCUCAAGUGUUUGCUAUCCACGUCUGAAUAUAAUGAUUUAUUCAAGAAAGCAACAGAUGAAGUUGGAGAUUUGAGUGAGGGAGAGUUAAGGAUGAAAGUGGCAGAAUGCUUGAAGGGAAAGAAAUACUUGGUAGUGCUUGAUGACAUUUGGAAAACCCAAGUUUGGGAUGAGGUAAAAACUGCCUUUCCAGAUGACAAAAACGGUAGCAUAAUACUGAUAACAAGUCGUAUAAAUGAGGUGGCACACUAUAUAGGAACAACGCCCCCCUACUACCUUCCCUUCCUUAGUAAAGAUGAAAGUUGGGAACUCUUCUCUAAGAAGGUGUUUCGUGGCAAACAAUGCCCUUCUAAUCUACUUCCUCUGGGUAGAACCAUUGUCGAAAGCUGUGGGGGUUUACCACUUGCCAUAGUUGUUUUGGCAGGACUUGUUGCCAAGAAAGAGAAGUCAGAAAGAGAGUGGAAGAGAAUCAAGGAAGUGAGUUGGCAUCUUACACAGGACAAGACUGAAGUGAUGGAUAUACUGAAGCUCAGCUACGACAACUUGCCUCAAAGGUUAAAGCCAUGCUUUCUGUAUUUUGGAAUCUAUCCUGAAGACUAUGAGAUCAGUGCAAGGCAAUUGAUCCAACUAUGGACAGCUGAAGGGUUUAUACAAACACAAGAAAUUGGAAUCCCGAGUUCAGUAGAGCUAGAAGACAUUGGUGACUACUACUUGGAUGAGCUGGUGGAUCGCAGCCUUGUGCAAGUGGCAAGCAGAAGGAGUGAUGGCGGCGUCAAGACGUGUCGGAUUCAUGAUCUUGUUCGUGACCUUUGCAUAUUAGAGAGCAAAUCCAAUAAGUUUUUGGAGGUUUGCACUGAGGUAAAUGUUGAUACUCUAUCCUUGAGAAAUCCACGUAGGUUGUCCUUGCAAUGCAAAGCACGGUCUAGUAUCUGUACAAAAAAAUUUAAUCAAUCGUACACUCGUUCCUUGUUCUUCUUUUCUGAAACUUUGCACACACGGGGUAUUCCAAAGAGCAUCAAGAAUGCUCGUGUGGUUUACUCAAAAUCCAAAGGAGCAAUGAGUUAUUCAUUACAUAGUACUUUUAAUACAAUGAUCCAUCUGAGGUAUUUGAGAAUAGACACAGGUGUCAGCCACAUUCCAGCUUCUAUAGGAAACCUUAGGAAUUUAGAAACGCUAGAUAUAAGAUACAAAGAGACUGUCUCCAGUGAAAUUUGGAAGCUGAAGCGACUGAGACAUCUUUAUUUGAGAGGGGGUGCAAAGUUACCAGAAGUAGAUAGAGAAAAAAAGGUGAAUCUUCAAACUCUUUGGUUAAGGGCUUUUGAUCGACAAAUGGUGACCAUGUUGAACAAGGACAUGUUUUUCAAUGAGAUAUUUCCCAGGUUGAGAAAAGUAGUUUUGCACUAUCCAUUUCAUCGUCCUUCACAUGAACAAUUACCGAUUGUAAGGUUACCAAGCUUGCACCACCUAAGCAAUCUCCAUAGCCUAAAAAUAAUUGACUUUCUAGAACUUCCACAAGAUGCAAAUGCCUUUCCAUCACAUCUCACCAAGAUAACAUGGAAACAAAUACAUGUCAGCAAUGACUUCUCUUUGAUGAAUACUCUAGGAUGGCUUCCCAACCUGCAAAUUUUGAAAAUGGGAAGGCAAUGCUCUCAAGUCUUGUUCGACCUCAAUGUUGGCGGAGGAGAGUUCCCUCAGCUUCAAGUAUUUCAAAUGAGGGGAAUGAAAGUCAGAAGGUGGAAAUUAGACAAAAGUGCAAUGCCAUAUCUUCAACAUCUUCUCAUUGAAAGCUGUGAAUAUUUGAAUGAUCUUCCCGAAGAACUCUGGAACUUGAAUACCUUAAGAGAAGUGCAUGCUUUGUGGCCCUCUGAAAGAUUGGCGCACAUACUCCAAAAUGUGAAGUUAAAGAAUGCUUGUAAGCUCAUAAUCUCUCAUGCUCCUCCAAGUGGUCAAUCGGAUCAGAUUUCACUGACAGAUUCUUUCUCAGUUGAUAGUUGA